ACAUUAUUUAUCGUAUUGUCCAGCUUUGUCAUCGUCAGAAACAGAUUUACAGCCUCCUGAAGAUGGUUCCUAUAAAGCACAAUUCACAUCAAGUUCUGAUGAAGAGUGCAAUCCUAGUCUUAAUACAAAGCUGCAGACGAGACGACUUGUAUUUAGUAAACCGAGCACAAGUUCGAUAGAAUCAGGAGCAGAUAAAAGACAGAUUGACGAUGCGAGUGACUCGUGGAACGUAUCUGACAAACAAGAUGAUGUUUUUAAAAGUAUCGAAGAGGAUAACAAUGUAUAUUUUGACCAAGAUGAAAGCAUUUCUGCUAAAUGUACAUUAGAAAACCAGACCGCAAAAGAUUAUGAAAAAGUCGAUCCAGCAAACGUUAACAUGGAUGUAGAUGAAAAAUGUAAUCACAACGAAAUACAGACUAUGGAAUUGUCCGAUGAAGAUAACGUAAAGAAAACUCAAAAAAAGAAGCGAAGGAAGCAAUGUAAAAGAAAUAUAAGUCUACCAGUAGAAAUAGCAAAUGACAAGACUUUAAUGAAAUAUUGGUUAAAAAGGUAUCGCCUGUUCAGCAAAUUUGAUCAAGGCAUUAAAUUGGAUCACGAGAGUUGGUACUCUGUAACUCCGGAGAAAGUUGCAGAGUAUAUAGCUGAAAGGUGCAGAUGUGAUACUAUCAUCGAUGCAUUUUGUGGCGCAGGUGGAAAUGCCAUUCAGUUUGCUUUUGCGUGUGAAAGAGUACUGGCAAUCGACAUAGAUCCUGCUAAAAUUGAACUUGCUCGAAACAACGCGCGAGUCUAUGGCGUUGAUGACAGAAUAGAAUUUAUUGUUGGAGAUUUUCUUCAACUUGCACCAAAGCUAGUUGCAGAUGUUGUAUUCUUAAGUCCUCCAUGGGGAGGACCUGAGUAUAUUAAGAAUGAAAUUUUUGAUCUCAGUAACAUUAUGCAUCCUAUUGGUGGAAUAAAAAUAUUUGAAAUAGCAAAAAAAAUCACAGAUCAUGUGGCCUACUUUCUACCUAGAAAUGUAGAUACUAUGCAGAUUGCCAUGUUAGCCGGAGUAGGUGGUGGUAUAGAAGUGGAGCAACACUUUCUUGACAAGAAGUUAAUAGCAUUAAUGGCUUAUUAUGGCGAACUGCCCAGAGACUAUUAGUUGUGAUACGAUGUGUAAUUUGUGAGAAGAUCCCGUCGGUUGCUUGAAAAAGAAAAAACGCUUCUCACAUUUCUUGGAUCACUAGCUGUAAAUAAUAACUCGUAUCAAUUUGCUUAGGCUACUCCGAGAGAAGCAGUAUCUUUUAUUUUCACUUAACACCUUCUUACAAAAUGCAUAUAAAAACGACAUCAGUUGUAUACUAUAAUUUACCAAUAUAUUUUUAAAAUCUUUCGAUUGGAUUUUUUGUAUGAAUAAUAUGUUUAUAGAUCAAUCAGUUACUAUUCACGAAAUUUGUACACUUAAGCAAAUUGAUAUAGGAAACUGAAUUUGUGAGAACAUAUUUGUGGAGUUCAACAGUUAAUAUAUGAACACUCUUGGAAAUCCUUAAA